GGUCAAAAAAACCUGUAAGUCGCAAAUCACGAAUUGAACCACAUUGAAAACGUCAGUGUUUGACAGAAAAUUGCUUCUGGGCGGUAUCGAUGGUGCCGCCUACGUUUAACUCCCAUAAACAAGGUGUGAAGACUGAUAGCUGUACCACAAUAUCUCCGUGUAGGUAGUUAAAAUUAUCUAAAAGCGACAUGAAAUCUUGACGAUAAAUCAUUUUGACUACAACACGAACUCAGUAGGAGGGAAAAUUUCCAAUGAAGAACGAUGAUUGAUUAUAUCUACUUAGAAGUCUGUUAUAAUCAUUAUUUUAUUUAUGUUUAUUAUAUUAUUAAUAAAAUGUUUUGAAAUGACAUGCGCAAUGAGUUCGCUCGAGCUAUUAAUCAGUUAAUAUUGGCAUUCUGUGUGAACAUCUGAUAACUGAUUAGAUAUCUCAACUCCAUGAAUCAUGAGUACACCAAACUAAUUGAUAAGAGAAACUGAGGCGCUCACAUUUUCACUUUAAAUAUGUUUGCGUAGCCACAAGGUUCCGCAACCACAUCAAAAUGAUAACGGCGUGUGAUUAUGUAAUAUUGACAUGGAUUUACCUAAUGUUUGUUCCAACAAGUUCUUUAGGCAUGCAUUCAGUGAUUUAUAGUCCAGUUGAAUAUAAUACGGAUAUUAGGGUUUCUGUUAAUGAUACUUAUGAACAUAUUUUAUCUUUUCCAAAUACAUCGACUUCGAAUCCUUAUAGAAUACACGCCAAUGGUAUUUGGUCUCCACAUCCGGCUUUUGUAGUUGUUAGACAAGAAAAAUUGGUAAUGUCUUGGGAAGUUCCUCUUCUUGUAAGCACAAGUACCUAUAGAAUUCCUUUUUUAAAUACAGCACGAACGUUAUGCUUCAGUAAAUUUACUUCUACUUAUGAUAGAAGUUCUUCUAAGAGAGGUCGGUUAGAACAAGUAUCAGAUGGAAAUCGGAAUUUUAGCGUAUCAAUUUCAACGUCGUCUAAAGAUCCAAUCGAGGUUGAGAUCAGGGCCGAAGAAGUUGUUGAUUAUUUUUUGGAGAAGGAUCGAUAUUACAACGUUACCGUGUCAGCAAGUGAACCGGUUUUUUAUUUUUAUGAUUUCCCAGAAUCAGAAGAACAUCGAUCCACAGUAUUUAUUGAGAUGAACUCGGAUGAUGAUGUUUGUCUCCUUGCUUCUGUUCAGGAUAAUAUGUGUCCCAUAAGAGAUUUAAACAAAGAUAUCAGAUUUGAAGGUGAUUAUUUAACAUUCAGUAAUAAAGGAGGAUUAUACGUUAGCCCUAGAAACUAUCCUAACGGGUUCUUUUUGGUGUUCGUCGCAAUGGGGGAUAACUUUGAAUGUAACCAAGAAAGUUCCCUUCUUCCAACGCCUAGAAAAAGUAGGAUUUAUCCUCAAACAAGAACCUCAAUAGUUAGUUUUAGUAUACGAGAUGGGAUUACUGCCGAUGAUUAUAUGGCUGCUACAAUGUUUGUGUUUGGAUUAAAUUUGGGAUUUUUUAUAAUCUUUAUAGUUUGCGUAGUUGCGGUUCAUUACAUCAUGAAGUGUAGAAGGAGAAAUGAUGGAGAAAUAGACGAUGAUGAUGAUGUGGUUUCUGAUACGGAAGAAAGGUCCAGAAAAUUAGGCCAUGAUCAAGUUGAUAGCUAUUUAAAACGGAAGCAACUUACCGUGGAUGAUUUUUGUAUAAAUUCGUCAAGAAUCCAAAAGAGAGCUAAUAAUUAUUUUUGGCACAUUACUAAUAUUGGAAUAUUUUAUGGAAUUCCAGUUGUACAAUUAAUGGUUACUUAUCAAAGGACGGUAAAUAAUACUGGAGAUUUGGAUCUUUGCUACCACAAUUUCUUGUGUGCUCAUCCUUUGGGAAACGUUAAGGAUUUCAAUCACAUUUAUUCAAAUAUUGGUUAUAUGGUUUUUGGCAUUUUAUGUUUGGUGGUUACAUUAUUUCUUCAAAGAAAUCAAAAGUAUUAUCCGGGUUGUGGAAUUCCAAGACAUUAUGGCUUAUUCUAUGCAAUGGGAAUUGCUUUGAUAUUAGAAGGAUUAUUAUCAGCGUGUUAUCACAUUUGUCCGAACCAAUCUAAUUAUCAAUUUGAUACGAGUUUUAUGUAUGUUAUGGCAGUUUUAGUAAUGAUUAAACUGUAUCAAAAUCGCCAUCCACGAAUAAACGCCAGCGCUUAUGCGACAUUUACAAUUUUAGGUGCUGCUGUUUUUUUGGCAAUGUUGGGAAUUUUAACCAAUUCAACAGCAAUUAUGAUUAUUUUCGUUAUAUCGUAUUUGUUUCUAUGCAUUUUCUUGUCAUUUAAAAUUUACUUUAUGGGAUAUGUAAUCAAAGGAAUUAUGCAAGAAAUAGAGUUAUUGAAAAACAAAAAUGCUGUAGUCGAAGCUUUAACUCCCAUUAGAAAAGGGAGAUUUAUUUUAUUGUUAGUUGCUAAUAUAUGUAAUAUAGCAAUGGCAGUUGUUGGUAUCAUCUUUUAUCCAUCCUACACAGACUUUGGAACUUACUUGCUUGCUAUAUUAAUGAUUAACAGCUUACUUCACGCGGUCUUCUAUAUAUCAAUGAAACUUUUCAAUAAAGAACGAUUAUGUAUUAUGGCAAUUCUUUAUAUUUUACUCAGCGUUGUAACUUGGGGUGCCUCAGCUUAUUUCUUUGUUAACAGCUCCACAAUGUGGACGGUAACCCCGGCGGAGUCUCGAAAAAUGAACAGAAACUGCAUCUUCAUGGAUUUCUAUGACACCCAUGAUAUUUGGCAUCUUCUUAGCGCUCCAGCUCUCUUUUUUACAUUCAUGAUGCUGAUGCAUCUCGAUGAUGAUCUGGCCCAAGUUCCCAGAUCUGAUAUCAUCGCGUUUUAAAAAUUUAAAUAAAUUCUAUUCAUAU